GGCCCUCCGCUAGCAACGUUCGACUACGCAGCAGCACCUUCCAAGCAGGUCCAAGAUUAGUGAUCGCCAUCGCGGAGUGCAUUCGGAUUAACAAACCAAACAAAUGCAUAUUGCGAAUCAAUGCUAACAGCGUAUGAGUGUGUGUGUGUGCACGUAGCUAACAGGAAGGUAACAGUGUAAUUUGAAAGUGAAACGAACAGUAGCAGGAGCGGCUCCAACCAACCACCACAAUGAUCGUACGGUGCAUUAGUGCGGUGAAGCUGCUCGCAGUGGUCUGCAUGUGCGUGAAGGUCGUCCAGUGUGCACCGUCGUCGCAUGCCACCGAUGGUGGAGAAGAAUUUCGCGACAAAGCACACGAUGAGCAGCUGAAACAUGUUACCAAAGUGGGCGAUACUUACGUGGCCGCCCUAGAGGUUUACGAUAAUCCACCGGAUCAGGGUAAUGCGCGCAAGGAGGUGGACAACUUUCCCUCGAACAUCUACAGCAAGUACGAUGGACUGCAGCUGAAGGUGAAAAGCUUUUUCCAUGCUGAACCACUCAUCGAUAACAUCCGGGAGUCGGACAAGUACGGCAACACCGGCGAUCAGUUCUACUUUAUCACAAAACCGUUGGUCGAGACCACCGCCAAAGUGAACAUGUUCAUCAACUCCGUGAUAGCGGCCCCGAAGAAACUGUUGGACGGAUUCAAGAAGCAGGCUACGGACAAGCUGAACGAUGUUGGCGGUUCGCUGGUUGGCUUGAGGCGGUAGAAGGAACACGAAGACCGGGGACACUGACUGAACAAGACACAAUGUACGGAGCACGGAGUACACGGAUACGCAGAAAAAAACUUGCCACCCUGACCAGACCCGGAGCCAGCCGGCCGGCCGGCUUCCAGCGAAAAGGACAACAUCAAUUUGGUGCUCCAGGAAAGUUGCUUCCAUGGUAGGGAAACUGGAACAUGGCCUAUGUAGCGGUAGCGUUGUGGGCAUGGUGCGUGUUUGUGAACUGUGCAGCCGUGGACGCGGGGUGUACAAUCAACAGGAACGACUGACGAAGGCCGUGAAGAUAGAUUCGAGAUUUAAAUAUUGCUUUAAAGACGAAGCAAAGCAGCUCAAAUGUUACAAAAGCUUAUCAAAACGGAAUGAAAUUUACCGCAAACUGGAUAGUGAUGUAGUAAAGUGAUUAGUGACAAGGCCAAAUGAACUAUUUAGCAUAACGAUCGUUGUAAAAAGUACUAUUAAGAAGUGAAGAUUGCAAUAAAGUAAGCAAAACGUU